AUGUUUAAAGAAGAAAAUCAUUUUGAUAGUGAAACAAUUGUUAAAGAAUCAAAAUUGAUAAUGAAAAGAUAUCAAACAACAUUAGAUGCAAUUUUAAAAACUGAUAAUUAUAAUCAAGGACGUAAAACAUUUGGAGAAAUGUUACAUACCAUACAAGUAAGUUUAUUUUAUUUUAUUUUAUUGAUUUCUAUAGCAAUUGGUUUUAAUUUACUUAAAAAAUCAAAUCCAAAAGAAAAAUGGUCACGUGGAGAUUCUUUUGAUAGUUCACCAAAUAAUGAACCAACAGGUGAUAUCAGUAAAGAUAAAUUCGAUUCAGUUCAUGGUCAUUUACAUUAUCAAGCAGCGACUAUGACUUAA